UGGUCUAUUCCUAGGGUCGAAAUCUUACGCAUUUCUCUAAAGAGGAACGAGAUCAUUCGUGUUGCAGCGUGCGAUGGCGAGCACUGGUGCGGCGGUGCCGUUCUGGAGAGCGGCGGGGAUGACGUACAUCAGCUACUCCAACAUCUGCGCCUCCCUCGUGAGGUCCUGCCUCAAGGAGCCUCACCGAUCGACGGCGGCUGCUCGGGAGAAAGUCCACUUUGCUAUCUCCAAAUGGGCCAACGGAAAGCCGGAAAGUCCUACCAUUAGAUCAGAUUCAGCAGAAGCAUGAGAGCCGAAGCAACUAUGGGUUUCACCAACAACUCAGUUUGAAUAUGUUUUUUUUUUUCCAAACAAUGGUCAAACCGUAACAUGUUUAUGGUUGGUCUUUUCUGCACGCAGAGAAUAAUGUUAAAUGUAGAAUUGCUACAUUUAACACCAUUGUUGUUUC